UGGUUAUAGUUGCAGAAGGAGAUUAGAGAAUCGGAGGAUGACGGUGACGAAGAGAUACGUGCUACGGCUGUUCAUGUCGUUGAAGCACAUAACAGCGAACGUGGUGGACAGGAACAAUGGAAGAAUCGUAGCGACGGCGUCGACGGUGGAGCACUCGCUGAAGGACGCGAUGGAGUGCGGGAGGUCCUGCAACGCCAAGGCGGCGGCCGUGGUGGGAGAGGUAUUGGCUAUGAGGCUCAAGGUGGAAGGAUUGGAACAGGGGCAAGGUCGUGGGAUCCAUGCUGAUGCACGCAAGGAAAUCGAGAAGAAGGGUUUCAAGAACCAGACCAAGAUUUGGGCUAUUCUCAAUGGCCUCAAGAACAACGGCGUUAAGCUCAUUAUCGACGACGAUGACGAUGAUGGUCAAUAUCGCCCUUUCUAAUUCUUCAGUCGGUUGCUCUCAUUCUCAAUACAAUUCCAAUUGUCUUCUUCGCAGUAGACGUGGGAACCGUGAGAAGAAAAUGCACAGAAGGCAUUCGAUGAAAUUCUCUUGUGAACUGGAUGAUGAUAUUAAUGAAUUGAUUGUUGUAUCCAGUUCGAUCCCUCCAUAGACGCCAUGAUUCCCAGGCAUACGAAAGGAAUAGUAUCUUCAAACGCAUCUUGGAUUCACAACAUUUGUCGAUCGAACAUUGUGGAGGAGCUGAUACUGAUGUAAUUAAUAAGGGAAAUCACAAUACUGAAAUUUUACUAAUCUAAUAUAAGUCUGAUGAUGUUUGACAAGCA